AUGCCUUCGAGAACAACUGACCAGACCGUCCACGAGGGCAACUCGAGUCUCGAACCCAUUGCUAUUUGUGGAAUGUCAUGUCGUCUACCUGGUGGUGUCGACUCCGACUCAUCCUUCUGGCAAAUGCUGGGAGACAAACGCACUGGCCAGACACCCAAGGUGCCCGCAAGUCGCUUCAACAUCGACGCCCACUACCACAAGGACCUAGACAGACCGGGAUCGUUCAACGUCCCAGGUGGCUACUUUCUCGAUGGCCGACCCCAAGACUUCGAUCCAAGCUUUUUCAAUAUCACGCCUGUUGAGGCGCAAUGGCUAGACCUCCAACAGCGUAGGAUGCUGGAAGUCAGCUACGAGUGCAUGGUAUCGGCCGGCGUUACCCUAGACGCGGCUGCUGGGUCCAAUACGGCGGUGUUCGUGGGCUCGUUUGCCUCGGAUUAUCGUGAGACCGGAUCUUCCCUACUGUCUACAUUGCUGUCACCCACUCGCUACUUCAGCCCCUCCAACCACGAAACGGGUCAAUUUGGAGACUUACGGCUGACAAAGAACAUCUCAGAGCAAAUGUCCACGCGAGAGCCAGAUUUUCGUCACAACUAUGCUGCAACCGGUGUCGAUACUGGUAUAAUCAGCAACAGGAUCGGACACACAUUCAACUUGAGAGGGCCAAGCUUCACCAUCAACACAGCUUGCUCGUCUUCCGUCUACGCCUUACACAACGCCUGUCACGCAUUGCGUGCUCGGCACUGUGAUGCCGCGAUAGUCGGCGGCGUCAACUUGAUUUUGACGGUCGACCAACACAUGAACACGGCGAAGCUCAGGGUUUUAUCCCCCACGUCUACUUGCCAUACCUUUGACGCCGCAGCCGACGGCUACGGCCGAGGCGAGGCGGCCGGCGCGUUGUACGUGAAACGGCUCUCGGAUGCCAUCCGCGAUGGUGACCCGAUCUGGGGCGUGGUGAACACGAAUGGCAAGGUAGGCGACAUGGGAAUUACCCACCCCAGCGUCGAGGGCCAGGAACGUGUGCUGCGGAUGGCGUACGAGAAGGCUGGACUGAACCAGAACCUGACCGCCUACGCAGAACUCCAUGGCACCGGGACCCCUGUCGGCGAUCCCAUCGAGGUUCGAGCCGUUUCCCGUGCCAUGAAUGGCACUCGCCCCAAGAGUCAGCCGCUGCUGAUCGGGGCCCUGAAACCCAUCAUUGGCCACAGCGAAGCUGCGAGUGGCAUAUUCGCUGUUACGAAAGCGGCUUUGAUGACCGAGGCAGCCAUGAUUCCCGGCGUGGCUCUUUUGGAGAACCUGAACCCUGCGAUCCUGGAAGAGGAAUGGAACGUCAAGGUUCGCAGGGAUACGGCACCCUGGCCUGAUGACUCUGUUAUCCGGAGAGCAAGUGUCGAUUCGAUGUAUCCGUGGUACCAACACGGCCAACCUAAGGAUAAAGCCCCUUACGACCACUCUUGCCAUCGACCACUUCUUUUGGUUCACUCGGCCCACGAAAAGACUACACUUCUCAAGAACGUGGCUGCCAUAGCAAAUGUUGCUUCCAACUACUAUCUAGCUGACCUGGCGCACACUUCGAACUUGCACCGGACCAAGUUCAAGUGCAGAGCUUUCGCAGUAGCUCGAGAAGAGCACAUUGCCGGUGCUUUCGAGAAAGAGUCCCUUGUGACUGGUACAGCAUCCCAGAAGACGAAGGAGAUCGGGUUCUUGUUUACAGGCCAAGGGGCUCAAUGGGCCGGCAUGGCCAAGGAGGUCUAUCGGCAUUUCCUCGCCUUCUCAGACACCAUCUGGAGACUCGACCUAGUUCUAAGCCGGCUCGACCCAGCGCCCGAAUUCUCCCUGGCGGCAUUGCUCAUGGGUUCAACAGCAGAAGCGGCGGCUUCGAUCAACGAGCCGCACGUCUCCCAGCCCUUAUGUACUGCAAUUCAGAUCGCCCUCGUCGAUCUUUUCGGACUCUGGAACGUGACGCCACGGGUGUCCGUUGGGCACUCGUCAGCCGAGAUCGCGGCAGCAUAUGCGGCCGGCCUGAUCAGCGCACCGGAAGCUAUCGUGGCCGCCUUCUGCCGCGGGCGCGCAGUCAAGUCCAAGUCCAGCUCCGGCUCUAUGCUGGCAGUCGGGCUCGGUUUUGGGGAGGUUCAGAGGUUCCUGCACACCGGCGAUCAUCCGGCGAGCUCCUGGAAGAUCUGCGUUGCAUGCGAAAACUCGCCGAACAGCGUCACGCUGAGUGGGGAGGUGGACGAAAUCGUUCGCGUCCAGAAGCUCAUCAGCUCCGAAGGUACCUUCGCGCGGGAGCUGAAAACAGGACGCGCCUACCACUCGCCUCAUAUGAGUGCCGUUGGCGACUACUACGACGAACUCCUAGCCAAUGCUGCGGCUGCGUUUACUGAAAGCGAUUUUGAGUGGCGUCGCCCUCGUUCGUACAUGGUGUCUUCAGUGACGGGCCAGCUUAUCGACACUGGGACCCUGCCAACGGGGUACUUCAGCGCCAACUUGCGUAACGCCGUCCGCUUCAACACGGCAGUCGAGCGAGUAGGUGCGGAUACGGAGACUUUCGGUCAGGUGGGCCAAAUGAUAGAGAUAGGGCCGCACAUGGCCCUGUCAGGGCCGUUCAAGCAAAUAUGUGCAGUGAACAAGUUCGACCGUUUCACCUACGUCCCAAGUCCGGUGCGGAAUAAAGACGAUGCGAAUCAGGUUCUCUCCGUGGCAGGACAGCUGUUCGUGGCGGGAUACGCCGUGGAUCUGGAGGCCGUCAAUGCCGAAGGUUAUGGUCAUCAUCCACCUUCCCGCCCUGAGUCGUUCAACAUGAAAGACGUCGCGAGCGGCAAGGGCCCUAAGUCACGCAAGCCGAAGACGCAAUACUUGCUCGUGGACCUGCCUCCAUACCAGUGGAACUACGAGAAAGAGUAUUGGACCGAGCCGCGAGCCAGCGUCGAGCAGCGCGCGCGCCUGUUCCGACGCCACGACCUCCUGGGCAGUCGAGUCUCUGGGCUCUCCGGACGAACCCGAGUCUGGCGGAACUUGCUCCGCCACCGCGAUGUCCCGUGGCUGAAACACCACAGUCUGGGCGGCACUGCGAUCUUCCCUGCGGCUGGCCACCUUGCCGUUGACAUCGAGGCCCUGAAACAAGUACAUGAGGAAGCAGGAAUCGCGUUCGAUGGCGCUGGACUGCGUGACGUUGUCAUUGACAAGGCACUUGCGGUACCAGAUAACGACAAGGGAGUUGAGAUCGUCGUGACCCUCCAGCUGAGUGCAAACCUGGCUGCAACCGCAGACGCAACAACAGGAUGGCACGGCUUCUCCGUCGAAUCGCUCGCUCCAGGGACUGGGGAAUGGAAGCUGCAUUGUACGGGCAACGUGUCGGCAGCUCAACAGCCUGCCGCAUCUCCACUUUCGCCUGUCGACGUAUCUGCCCUGAGCAAGCGUGCCAUCGGCAAGACCUGGUACGAGGCUUUCCGGCGCGUAGGAUUCAACUCGGGCCAACGCUCCAGCAGCUGCGACAUGCACAAACCGACCGAGGGCUGCAACACGCGGCCGGCGAUGUAUCCGUACUUGACAUAUGUGCGGAGAUUGAUCAUCAUUUCGAUCCACGCCGGACGCCACAAGAAGAUGCCAUGGGGCGUGGUGCCGACGCGUGUAGAGGAAGCCACCAUCUUCCCGGCCGUUGGCGCUGACUACGACGAUGUUGGGUCCGCCGGUCACGCAGUCGCGUGGAUCGACGGUUUCGAGCCUUCCGGUCGACGUUUCAAUACGCACACUACGCUGACGGGAAAAAGCGGCAAGCUGCUCGUUCAUAUCAAGAACCUAGAAUGCACCACCCGGCACGGGCGUCUUGCCAAACUCGCUGAGCUGAUAUCUCACCAACAGUCCUUGGACCGCGUGCUCCUGCUCUACGGCGCGAAAACCGACGUGAAGGACUUGGAGUUGAGCGCCAUCUUGAAGGUUUUGCCAAGUCACUGUUCUGUCACCCUCGCCCUAUGCUCUCCCAUCGAAAUGACACACUUACAUCUGUCUGAGGAUACCAAGGCUCGAGUGACGACAGCUCUGCAACUGCCGUCGCCUUCGGGCCUUGUGGCAGAGCCAGACAUCAUCGGCAAUGUCCAGGAUUUGAUCUUGGUAGACGUCUGCUCUGACACUCCUUCUAUCCAUGACUUGCUGUCCCUGGUGAAUGUUGAUGGCUGGGUGAUAGGAUCAUCUCCAACGGCAGUGACAACCGCUGACGCCAGCCAAAUGAACGGCUCCGUAUCUGUCCCUGCUUUGAGAAUCGACCAAGAGUUCGCAAUAGACACCGCGGGACACCUUCUACUCUCCAGCAUAGACGAGCCCAACUUCACAGCGCUAAAGAACGUCAUCGCGUCCGGUCUUCCGAUCGUUUGGAUGACACGCGGCGUCAGACAGGAUCGCAACCCCACCGGGGGUAUGGCCGAGGGGUUUCUCCGCGUGAUCCGCUCCGAGCAAGCCGCGGCCAGAGCGAUUCUGCUCGACGUCGACGAGGAUGAAUGGGCCUCUGACGUCGCCAAUGUGUUGCUGGAAUGCCUGACCUCGGCGUGCACUAAGGACUCAGGCAAUGACACUGAGUUCUGGCUGCAUCGGGGCACCGUUUACAUACAACGAAUUGGUCCCAACCUCGGUCUGAACCAACAGUGGGAUUGGGACAAUACCGCCUCAGACGGGCAUCAGGUGGCGUCUUUGUCUGCGGAACUGUCUGAAAGGGUUAAGAUCACAGAUGGUGCCGUAAUCCCCGCGUCUACAUCCACGACGAAAGGUGAGGGCCUGUCAGAUGCGGGGUCCUUGCGCCUAUCUGGCGAUGCCUCCUACCUCUUGGUCGGGUGUCUCGGUGGUCUGGGACGCAGCUUGACGCGCUUCAUGAUGGAGUGCGGGGCGAAGCACUUCGCCUUCCUCUCGCGCUCCGGAGCUGACAAGGCCGAAGCUGCACGCGUGGUGGAAGCGAUCCGAGUCCGAGACGGCUGCUCCGCCGACGUUUUCCGCGUAGACGCGUCCGACGAGGCCGCGGUACGCAAGGUGGUACUAUCGCUACGCACGGCGAGACCAAUCCGCGGAGUGGUGCACGCCGCCAUGGUGUUGCGCGACGGCAUCUUCGACACAAUGGACGCCGAAGCCUUCAAUGCGGCCGGCGCACCCAAAGCCAGAGGAGCCUUGGCGCUGCAUACGCGCUUCGAGACUUCCAUUUCGGCCGUGCUCGGAAAUACCGGUCAGAGCAACUACAGCGCCGCUAACAACUGUCUCGACGCACUCGCGCUGCACCGCAACGUGGAUGGGCUGGCGGCCAGUUCCCUGGUGCUUCCCAUGGUUCUCGGCGUCGGCGUGGUGGCCGAAGACGACUCAGACGCCCUGGAGACGUCACUCCUUCGAAAAGGCAUGUACGGCAUCGAUGAAGAAGAGAUGCUUCGCGGAUUUGAGGUGGCGAUGCUUGCACCGCACACCCCCGAGACAGAAGUACCGCAGUCGCAGCUCAUCACGGGCAUAGAUGCCACCGAGCUGGGCAAGGCCGUCGCAAAGGCUGGUGGCGUUGACAACGCGGAUGUGUACUGGUACCGUGACGCGCGCUUCUGCCACACCCGCGCGGCCGUGCAGCACGGGGCUGGCGCAGGAGGUACAGUUGAAGGCAGUCAUGGUGACGACAGCUUCGCCGAGGUAUUGAAAGCGGCCCAGGCGGAGGGGCCAACAGCCGCCCUCGAGGCCGUCGCUACGCACAUUGCUAAACGCGUAUCGAGCAUUUUGAUGAUCCCAUUGGAGGAUUUCGAAUUGGACGGUCGCUCAAUUGCGAGUUACGGGCUGGAUAGCAUGAUUGGCGCCGAGAUGCGCACAUGGCCUUUCAGUGAGUUUGCCUUGGAUUUCCCCUUCCAGAAGCUCCUGACCCCAACGCUGACGUUCAUGGGCCUGGCAGCCGUGGCCGGAGAGUCGAUCGGCGCUUUCGCGACACAGUAG